UCUAUAUAUCCGCCAGGCUUCACUCCCACCUUCUCGCCAGUGGAAUUUCAGCUCCUGCACCUUCAGGGCAGACGAACACAUCAAAUAAGAAAAAAAGCUGGCAGGCUGACGGGAACUUGCAAUUUUACAGGACGGAUUAUCUGGUAACUGACCAUUUAGCUGUGGAACGCUCGGACUCUGUGUUUGACGUGGGAUCCUAACCAUGAGCUCAGUCGCUGUACUUACGCAGGAAAGCUUCAUUGAGCACCGCAGUGGGCUUUUGCCAGAGCAGAGUGGCGCUGCUGGAGGCCCCAGUGGUGAAGAUGAGGAAGACCUUCCUACCUACAAGGAUGCCUUCCCACCUCUUCCUGAGAAAGCGGCCACACCUGAGGGGACGCAGGAAACCGCCAACGCGUGGACAUCAAAGAUUCGCCCUCUGAAGUCCUCCAUCAUCACCCAGGUUUUCCAUGUGCCGCUGGAGGAGCGCAAGUACAAGGACAUCAACCAGUUUGGAGAAGGAGACCAGGCCAAGGUCUGUGUGGACAUCAUGCACAAGACUGGAGCCCACCUGGAGCUCUCCUUGGCUAAAGACCAGGGCCUCUCCAUCAUGGUUUCUGGGAAGCUGGAGGCCGUGAUGAAGGCCCGUAAGGAGAUCGUGUCCCGACUGCAGACUCAGGCUUCAGCUACUGUCGCCAUCCCGAAGGAACACCAUCGUUUUGUCAUCGGCAAAAACGGGGAGAAGCUUCAGGAGCUAGAACUCAAGACCGCCACCAAAAUCCAGAUCCCACGACCCGACGACCCCAGCAACCAGAUCAAGAUCUCUGGGACGAAGGAGGGUCUCGAAAAGGCAAAGCAUGAGAUCCUGUUGAUCUCUGCUGAGCAGGACAAGCGUGCUGUGGAGAGGGUGAACAUCGAUAAGGUCUACCAUCCCUUUAUCACCGGGGCCUACAACAAGGUAGUGGCAGAGAUGACGCAGGAAACAGGCGCUCGUAUCAACGUCCCCCCUCCCAGCGUGAAUAAGACCGAGAUCGUCAUCACUGGGGAGAAGGAGCAGGUGGCCCUUGCUGUGACUUUGAUCAAGAAGAUUUACGAGGAGAAGAGGAAGAACACGACCACGAUAGCGGUGGAGGUGAAGAAGUCUCAGCACAAGUACGUAGUCGGCCCCAAGGGAAACACCCUGCAGGAGAUCCUGGAUAAAACUGGAGUCUCGGUUGAGAUCCCACCUUCUGACAACAGCUCAGAAACAGUCAUCCUUCGUGGGGAGCCUGACCGCCUGGGGCAGGCCCUCACUGAAGUUUACGCCAAGGCAAACAGUUACACUGUUUCCUCGGUGUCGGCUCCUUCUUGGCUUCAUCGUUUCAUUAUUGGCAAAAAGGGACAGAACUUGGCUAAGAUCACCCAACAGAUGCCCAAGGUGCACAUUGAGUUCACUGAGGGCGAAGAUAAAAUCACCUUGGAAGGACCAACCAAAGACGUGCAAAUGGUGCAGGGUCAGAUUGAAGCCAUUGUUACGGACUUGGUAAGUCGAAUGGACUAUGCGGAGAUCUCUGUGGAUCCUAAAUUCCAUCGUCACCUGAUUGGAAAAGGCGGCGUCAACAUCAACCGCAUCAAAGAGCUGCACAAGGUGACUGUCCGCAUCCCUCCUGACAACGAGAAGAGCAACCUGAUCCGUAUAGAGGGGGAUCCCCAGGGUGUCCAGGAAGCCAAGAAGGAGCUGCUAGAGCUGGCGUCACGCAUGGAGAACGAGCGUACAAAGGACCUGAUCAUCGAACAGCGUUUUCAUAGAGCCAUCAUUGGCCAAAAAGGGGAGAAGAUAAAGGAAGUGCGGGACAAAUUUCCAGAGGUCAUUAUCAACUUCCCUGACCCAGCACAGAAGAGUGACAUCGUUCAACUCAGAGGGCCGCGGAACGAGGUUGAGAAAUGCUCCAAGUUCAUGGGCAAGAUGGUGGCUGAAAUGGUGGAGAACAGCUACUCUCUCUCCGUCCCCAUCUUCAAGCAGUUUCACAGGAACAUCAUUGGAAAAGGAGGGUCCAACAUCAAGAAGAUCCGAGAGGAAACAAACACCAAAAUCGACCUGCCUGCAGAAAACAGCAACUCUGAGAUGAUCGUCAUCACUGGGAAGAAGGCGAACUGCGAAGCUGCAAAGAACCGCAUUCUGGCGAUUCAGAAAGAGCUGGCCAACAUCACAGAGAUGGAUGUGUCCAUCCCCUCAAAGCUGCACAACUCCCUGAUUGGUUCAAAGGGCCGUCUGGUGCGCUCCAUCAUGGAGGAGUGCGGCGGCGUGCACAUCCACUUUCCUUCUGAGGGAUCAGGGAUAGAUAAAGUCACCAUCCGGGGGCCUGUGGAGGAGGUGGAGAAAGCAAAGCAGCAGCUGCUUGCUUUGGCAGAGGAAAAGCAAAUAAAGAGUUUCACUGUCGAGCUGCACGCAAAGCCAGAAUACCACAAGUUUCUGAUCGGAAAAGGGGGCGGAAACAUCCGGAAGGUGCGUGACAGCACCGGAGCCAGAAUCAUCUUCCCCGCCUCUGAGGACAAAGACCAAGAAGUCAUCACUGUGGUCGGCACAGAGGAGGCGGUGCGGACGGCCCAGAAGGAGCUGGAGGAGCUGAUCAAGGGUUUGGACAACGUGGUGGAGGACACGAUGAGCGUGGACCCAAAGCAUCAUCGCUACUUUGUGGCGCGCCGGGGUCAGGUCCUCAGGGACCUGGCAGAUGAGUACGGAGGGGUGAUGGUGAGCUUCCCUCGUACUGGCUCUCAGAGCGAGAAGGUCACCCUCAAAGGAGCCAAAGAAUGUGUGGAAGCAGCCAAGAAGCGCAUGCUGGAGAUAGUCGAGGACUUGGAUGCCCAGGUGACUGUUGAGUGCGUCAUCCCUCAGAAGUUCCACCGUUCUAUCAUGGGUCCCAAGGGAUCAAGGAUCCAGCAGAUCACCAGAGAUCAUAAUGUGCAGAUAAAGUUUCCAGAACGUGAGGAUCCACAAGCAGCGCCUCCUGCUGAAGCUCCUAUCCAGGAGAACGGAGAAGCUGACGGUGAAGCGAAGGAACCGGUCGACCCCAAUGCUCCCAAAAAGUGUGACGUGAUUUUGAUUUCUGGACGCAAAGAGCGCUGCGAGUCGGCUGUGGAGGCGCUAAAGGCCCUGGUUCCCGUCACCAUCGAGGUGGAAGUGCCUUUUGAGCUUCAUCGAUACAUCAUUGGACAGAAAGGAAGUGGAAUCCGUAAAAUGAUGGAUGAAUUUGAGGUGAACAUUCAAGUGCCUCCUCCUGACCAGCAGUGUGAUAAAAUAGCCAUCACCGGCUUGGCCUCUCACCUUGACCGCGCCAAAGAGGGCCUCCUGGAGCGAGUCAAGGAGCUGCAGGCUGAGCAGGAGGAUCGGGCACUCAAGAGCUUCAAGCUGACCAUCACUGUGGACCCAAAGCAUCACCCAAAAAUCAUCGGGCGCAAAGGCGCCGUCAUUACAAACAUCCGCACUAUGCAUGAUGUCAACAUCCAGUUCCCAGAGAAGAAUGAUGAAAACCAGGAUCAGAUCACCAUUACAGGGUAUGAGCAGAAUGCCAUCGCUGCACGAGAUGCCAUCCAAAAUAUUGUGGGAGAGCUGGAAGAGAUGAUCACUGAGGAAAUCACCCUGGACAGCAGGGUUCAUGCUCGCAUUAUUGGAGCUCGGGGAAAAGGCAUCCGCAAGAUCAUGGAUGAGUUUAAGAUUGAUCUCAGGUUUCCACAGAGCGGAGCUGCAGACCCGAACAUUGUGGCGGUGAUCGGUCGCCCUGAACAUGUGGAUGAAGCCAUAGAUCAUCUCCUGAACCUGGAAGAGGAAUAUUUGUCAGACGUUGUGGAAAAUGAGGCGAAGAUGGCGUACAUGAGGCCACCGGGCGGCAGCGUCGCUGCUGCGGACGAGCAGCGCGGUCAGUCCAAAGGUUUCGUGGUGAGGGAGGCUCCCUGGGCCAGCAACAGCGAGAAGGCCCCGGACAUGAGCAGCUCUGAGGAUUUCCCAAGCUUUGGAGCCCCAGUCCAGGCCAAGGCUUCCCCCUGGGGACCCAAACGCUUUUAAAGCUGUUUCUGCUGCCGA